AUGGCCUCAUUGCUUCCGGUACGAGCGGCCAGGACCGUCUCCUGCUCCGCAUGUCGCUCCCUCACCUCCUCUACUCCGGCGCAACUCGCCGUCCCUAUCCUUCGCCGUAACUUCUCAACUCCCGCGGAGCAACAACCGGUCGACUAUUCGGACAAGCCGCGAUGGUCAUACACGCCUCCUCGCACGAAGGCUCCCUUCUCCUUACGUUUUGAUUCCAAAAGGCGCGAUUACCCCGUCAACUCCGACCCCAAGCUGCUCGAUCAGUUCUACAUCCGCUUCUUGGGCGAUGGCGGCGACGAAGUUCUCUCAGACGAGGUCAAAUGGCUUGCAGUCACGCACAAGAGUUUCGAUCAGGGUCGGAGAGGAUUCAAUGAUCGAUUGGCGUUUCUAGGAAAACGUAUCGUUCAGCUGCAGGCUUCUCUUGCUCUGGCGCAGAGUCCCCCUGGAACCUCUGGCACCGUUGCCCCUGAUCCAUAUGGCCGCAAGCCAUUCUCGCACCCUGCCCUGAAGGGCCUUGAUAACCUGAACUCCAACACCAAGAAAUUUAUGACGGACAAAUCAAAGCUCGCUGAAGUUGCGCGGCAAUACGAGCUAGAAAGUGUACUGAGGUGGUCCCCUCGGAAGCCCGAGAACCUAGAAGGUUCAGGAGUCGAGGUCGUCCUUGCGCAUACGCUGUACGCUCUCGUCGGAGCUGUCUCUCUGGAGAAGGGUAACCAGGUGGCCAACAAGGUAGCGCGGGAGCGGAUAUUGGCACCUCUGGGGUUUAAGGUGACGGUAUAA